AAUCGGUUACCUCAUAUACCUCAUUUCCAAAUAUUCGGAGAUAACAUUGUUGAUAAUGUAGAGCUAUACAAUCUUGGGAAAAGGUCUUUGGAAAGAUAUAUUAAAAAGAAUUGCAAAUUCAAAUUGACAAAUACCAUCAAUAGUUCUUCGACUCCUUCAUAUGUUAGUAGCCUCGAAUUUGUUGGAUAUAUUCCUGAUGCAGAAGCUAACAAAGAUGCGUGGGCUCGUGCUUGCUACCUCACUGAAAGUAAAAUGCAGAAGUUACGUG